AUGGAGUGCAAUAAAGAAGACUUGGAACAACAACAUAUGCGUCGCUUAGCAUUUCUUGCUGUUGCAUUUUCAACAGUUGCAGUCAUCGCUGCUGUAAUCACCCUUCCAGCGUUACAUUCAUAUGUACAAUCAUUACAUAGUCACAUUACUGAUGAAACUGAAUACUGUAAGUCACGUUCAAGUGAUAUGCUUGCUGAAAUGUCUGGACUACAAAUGGCGAGUUUCCGACGCCCAAAACGUGAAUGGACUUUUGGUCAAUGGAUACCAACAAAUGGCAAUGGUCAUUUAGAAUAUGGAAGUGCCUCUGCUGCUGUGAUUAAUGCAGAAUUCAAUAAUGCUUGCUGUACUUGCAACCAGGGACCAGCAGGACUUCCUGGGCCAGAUGGAGACUGUGGUAAAGAUGGUGAAGAUGGAAUAAGUGGUAAGAAUGGAAAAAAUGGUGCUGAUGCAGAGAUUAAACCAGCACCACAUGUCGAUCUUUGUCUUAUAUGUCCUUCAGGACGUCCUGGAUUACCUGGAAAUGUAGGGCCAAAAGGACCGCCAGGACCAAAAGGUACUCCUGGAGACCCACCAAGAGACGGCGUGAACGGCGAAGUGGGAACAUCAGGACAACCCGGAGCCACGGGACGACUUGGAAGAAUGGGACCACCUGGAACUCGAGGUGCACCAGGACGCAUAAUUUACAUGACCGGGCCUCAAGGACUGCCUGGUUUUCAAGGUGUGCAGGGGCCAUUAGGUUCUCAAGGUAUUCCAGGACCAGAUGGGCAAUCUUUCCCAGGAGCUCCUGGAUUGCCAGGAGAUCCAGGACAGCCAGGACAAGAAGGUAAACCUGGACAAAUUGGUCAAAAAGGGAUGCCUGGUGAACCUGGAGAACGUGGAACAUGCAAACAUUGUCCUAACAAGUUUCUUUUUAGCUGGUAG